AUGAAGAAUGCCAAUAUUCAGAUAUCAAGGAAGCAACAAACAGUUGUUCCAAAUUAUAAUGGAAUAAUUGAAAGUAAAAAUAAUAUAUCUGGUGUAUCUACAACUUCAUCAUCUUCUGAAAUUGAUGGUACAUCCAAGAAAUAUGUACUUGGAAAGAUUUUAGGAACAGGUUCAUUUGGAAUUGUAUGUGAAGUUACAGAUAUUGAUAAUGGACAAAGAUAUGCAUUAAAAAAGGUUCUUCAAGACCCACGUUAUAAGAAUCGUGAAUUAGAUAUUAUGAAAAUACUUGAUCAUCCAAAUAUUAUAAAAUUAAUUGAUUACUUUUAUACAACAGGUGAUGAGGAACCAAUACCACCCCAACCACCUACUGAUGAUAUAAAUUGUGGUGGGAAUAUUGGUAGAAAUAUUAUACAUAGUAAUAAUAAUAUGAAAUCCAAAGUAUCAAAUAAAUUUUUAAAUGUUAUAAUGGAAUAUAUACCAGAAACACUUUAUCGUGUGUCAAAGUCCUUUAUUAGAUCUGGAAAUAUAAUGCCAAUAAAUAUUGUAAGUAUAUAUAUAUAUCAAUUAUUUCGUGCAGUUGGUUUUUUACAUUCAUUAGGUAUAUGUCAUAGAGAUAUUAAACCACAAAAUUUACUUGUUGAUACAAAGAAUAAUACUUUAAAAUUAUGUGACUUUGGUUCAGCUAAAAGGUUGAUACCAAAUGAAUUAAGUGUUGCAUAUAUAUGUAGUAGAUUUUAUCGUGCACCAGAAUUAAUGUUAGGUGCUACUGAAUAUACACCAAAUAUUGAUUUAUGGAGUAUUGGUUGUGUGUUUGGUGAAUUAAUACUUGGAAAGCCAUUAUUUUCUGGAGAGACUUCAAUUGAUCAAUUAGUAAAAAUUAUCCAAGUUCUCGGUACACCAACAAAAGAACAGAUGAUUGCUAUGAAUCCACAUUAUACAGAAGUUAGAUUCCCUACAUUAAAAGCCAAAGAUUGGAAGAAGAUUCUCCCUGAUAAUACACCAUCAUUAGCUAUUGAUUUAUUACAAAGAAUAUUAAGAUAUGAGCCAAAUAUUCGUAUUAAACCAUAUGAAGCAAUGGCACAUCCAUUUUUUGAUCAUCUCAGAGAAUCUUAUAGCCAGAAUCCUAUUAUUGUUCAAGGUAUUGGUGAUGCAACACCCGAAUUAUUUAAUUUUUCAAAAUAUGAAUUAUCUAUUAUUCCAGAUUAUCUUAUUAAAAAGAUAUUGCCAAAUAACUAUAAUAUUGAAUUUGAAAGAUAA